GUGUUCCUUGCUUUUGGGAGGUGCUUUAAAUCUGACUGCCAGAGCCGUGGGCUGCUAAGAGCAGAAGCUGGCUGCACGAUGCUGAGCUCAGGUCUUUCUCCCGUUUUCCUGCUGUUCACAGCGCUGGAGCUGAGCUGGUCCCUGAGUGAUGAAGAAAAGAAGAUAAUUGUGGAUGGACAUAACAAAUACCGCUCCCAGGUCUCUCCUCCUGCUAUGGAUAUGCUGAAGAUGAGCUGGGACACAGAGCUGGAGGCCUUCGCUCAAGCCUAUGCAGAGAAGUGCAUCUGGGACCACAACAAGGAGAGGGGCCGACGAGGAGAAAACCUCUUUGCUAUGACCCCAACCCUGGACCUGGAAUUCGCUGUGGAAGACUGGAAUGGGGAGGAGAAGUACUACAACUUGACAACCACCAUGUGUGCCCCUGGGCAGAUGUGUGGCCACUACACCCAGGUGGUCUGGGCAAGCACACAUCGUAUCGGCUGUGGGGUGAAGUUUUGUGCAAAGAUCGACGGUAUUGAAACAGAGGACAUGUACCUGCUUGUUUGCAACUAUUAUCCCCCGGGAAAUAUGAAAGGCCGAAAGCCAUACAAGGAAGGAGCCUCGUGUUCCCAGUGCCCAGACAGUACCUUGUGUGUCAACUCCUUGUGUGAACCCACUGUAGAAGAGACCACUACAUCCUCUGUGACAACAAAGGCAAGCCCAUCCACCACAACCACGGCCAAGCCAAAACCCACAACCACACUACCCACCACAACCACACUACCCACCACGGCCAAGCCAAAACCCACAACCACACUACCCACCACGGCCAAGCCAAAACCCACAACCACACUACCCACCACAACCACACUACCCACCACGGCCAAGCCCAAACCCACAACCACACUACCCACCACAACCACACUACCCACCACGGCCAAGCCAAAACCCACAACCACACUACCCACCACGGCCAAGCCAAAACCCACAACCACACUACCCACCACAACCACACUACCCACCACGGCCAAGCCAAAACCCACAACCACACUACCCACCACGGCCAAGCCAAAACCCACAACCACACUACCCACCACAGCCAAGCCAAGACCCACAACCACACUACCCACCACGGCCAAGCCAAAACCCACAACACCAGCACCCACCACAACCACACUACCCACCACAGCCAAGCCAAGACCCACAACCACACUACCCACCACAACCACACUACCCACCACAGCCAAGCCCAAACCCACAACCACACUACCCACCACGGCCAAGCCCAAACCCACAACCACACUACCCACCACAGCCAAGCCCAAACCCACAACCACACUACCCACCACAACCACACUACCCACCACGGCCAAGCCAAAACCCACAACCACAUUACCCACCACGGCCAAGCCAAAACCCACAACCACACUACCCACCACAACCACACUACCCACCACGGCCAAGCCAAAACCCACAACCACACUACCAACCACAGCCAAGCCCAAACCCACAACCACACUACCCACCACAACCACACUACCCACCACAGCCAAGCCCAAACCCACAACCACACUACCCACCACAGCCAAGCCAAGACCCACAACCACACUACCCACCACGGCCAAGCCAAAACCCACAACACCAGCACCCACCACAACCACACUACCCACCACAGCCAAGCCCAAACCCACAACCACACUACCCACCACGGCCAAGCCAAAACCCACAACACCAGCACCCACCACAACCACACUACCCACCACGGCCAAGCCCAAACCCACAACCACACUACCUACCACAGCCAAGCCCAAACCCACAACCACACUACCCACCACGGCCAAGCCAAAACCCACAACACCAGCACCCACCACAACCACACUACCCACCACGGCCAGGCCCAAACCCACAACCACACUACUCACCACGGCCAAGCCAAAACCCACAACACCAGCACCCACCACAACCACGUCCAAGCCAAAACCUGCAACCAUGCUACCAACCACAACCACAGCCAGGCCAAAACCUGCAAUCACACUACCCGCCACAGCCACAGCCAUGCCAAAAUCCACCAUGCCAGCAUCCACCACAGCUGCAGCGAAGCCCAAACCUACAACACCAGUACCCACCACAGCCAAGCCAAAACCCACCAUGCCAGCAUCCACCACAACUAUGGCCGAUUCAGAACCCAUCAUAGCAGCAACCAUCACUAUGGCCAAGCCAACACCCACCACAGCAACAUCCACCACAACCGCUUCUGUGGCCAAACCAAAACCCACUGCUACAACAUCAGCAAAGCCAAAACUCACCACCACACCACCAAUAUCUACCACAAUGAUGACAACCCUGCAACAGAAACCCACCACAACUACAAAGCCAGCACUCACCAAAACAGAAAGACCCAGUCCUACUGAGGCAGCUGGGCUAACGCGGUCCUUUGGGCCCACAUUAGACUCGGAUUAUGAAAUAUCUCCAGACACAGAGGCAGACACUAGUGAGCCUGUUACCCCCUUAACCACUGAGGAUCCCGUCUUAUUAGAAAUGGGCACAGCCUUCAGCCCAAAAUCAGUCCCAGAAACAAAGAAAGAUGUGAAAGAGAGUGGGAGAGAGAAGCCAGGCUUCUCCUUUUCCAGUCCAUCUCCAUCCCUCAGCCAAAUUAUUCCAGAGAUCAAGUUAGGUUUCAAUAAAGCUGAGCUCAUAACUCCCUCAAAGUCAGUGGUCUUCAGCCCCGAAGAGCCCACCUUCUUGCGUUUAACGUCAUCUUCCAAAGAAACAAAGGGGCAGAGCCCCGCUUUUCAGACCUCCCUCUCAGCAGGUGCCCUGGACACUGAAGAACUGGAAACAAACUCAGAUCAGACAAGAAUGGAGCAGCCCACGGCUGGAGCCCCCAGCACCUCCUUUGGGCUUUCUCUUUUCCUCCUGCCCAGCGUCAUCCUGGUGGGCCUUCUGCUUUGAACGGUCUUUCUCAGCUGUCCCUGCACCAGUUGCCAAGGCUUUCUUCAGCAUUGGUUGUCCCACAACCCUGGUAGGCUUGGGAGGCACCAUGGACAAUUCAGGUUAUCACACCUUCGGCUGGGCCUUCUUACGCUGGCUGACUUGCUCCAGCCCCAUUGGGCCAAGGGUGGUUGGCGGUCCCGUAAGCACUAGGUUCCCUACUUGAGAUCCAAGGGCAGGAGGGUGACUGCCAUGCUGGUGACCAUGGACACUGACACCUCACCUUUCUUCCCAGCCAGCCUGGGUUUCCAGUCUGUUUCCAAACUGGAAAUGAUAAACAAUCCCAUCUCCCCGUGUGGCUGGCAGGCCCUGCCUCACUGUUUCCCCAGGAAAAGCAGAACACCUUGGAAACCCAAAUGGAGAUGAGACAUGGUUGUUGGUUUGGUGUUUUUCUAUCAGGAUGAGUUUCCAACAAAAAUGCUCUUUUUUUUUUCCCUCUCCCAAUGUGUCUGUCUGUCAAUUUUGGUAAAGUUUCACCCUUGCCCUCCUUGUCCGAAAAGGGUGGUGUGUUUUUUUUCCGCAGGAGAGGCUUUCUAUUUACUUCCCGUUUCUGAUACAGCCAUGGCCAGUACUAUAAAGACAUACUCCUUUCUCCUCCUCACACCUCUACAACACUUGCCUCCUUCCUCGCUUCUCUCUGCUGUAUGUAUCCAUUCCACAGUCCAUUGCUGUAACUUCAUUUUACGCAUGUGCGUGCAUCUGUGUGCAUGCAUAGAAGAGAACUUGUCAGCACUAGAAAGGAGCUACUGGCUCCUUCAUAAAGCAUUUUUCUGCAUGAUUUCCCUCUUUGUGUAAUUUAAGUGUAUGAUGUAUUUGAAUUUAGAUACAGAUCCUGGUUGACAUAUAUUUCACAUGUGAUGGAACCUGGUCCAGGAGAAAAAAAACUGAUCAUGUGCCUUUGUACAGCUGGAGCUUGAGAGAUCCAAGAGAAUGAUGUUAGAGGUUAACAGUGGUUCCAGGGCUUGUUGCAGGACAGCUUUUGUUCUCUGGGACACUCGUGUCUUGUUCCCCCAUGUCUCUGCUUUGUUCAUCUUAAGAUUUCCAAAAGAAGGUGUGUUAAAUAUGUGGCAAGUUUUGCAGAAGGGACUAGGAGAAACAGUCCUUCCUCUGACUGUUGCAUCCUUUGGUUUCUUAAAGAUGAGGUGUACAAUGACCUGAGGUCCAAUAUUCCUGUCCUCCCCCAGGAUGCUGUUUUCUGUGCAUCCCCCAGGGCAUGCACUGAAUAAAUCCUGUUGUGAAAGCCA